UCAACAGUUGCUCAUCUCUAACUCAGUCAGAAAAACAAUUGUCUCGGGAAAUAUAUAUAAACAAAGUUUUCUAGUGCAUAUGAAAUUUUAAAUUGAAUAUUUGUGUAAAAUUUACAACCAAUAAAAUGGGUUUCCUUUCGGUUUUAAAGAAAAUGCGACAAAAAGAAAAGGAGAUGCGUAUUUUACUGUUAGGAUUAGACAAUGCCGGCAAAACAACUAUAUUAAAGAGAUUCAAUGGGGAAUCAAUUGACACCAUAUCACCAACUUUGGGAUUCAAUAUUAAAACUCUGGAACAUAAUGGGUACAUGUUAAAUCUUUGGGAUGUUGGUGGUCAAAAAUCGCUUCGAUCUUACUGGCGCAACUAUUUUGAAUCAACCGACGGUCUGGUGUGGGUGGUAGACAGUGCUGAUCGCAUGCGUUUAGAAUCAUGUAAACAAGAAUUAAGAGUAUUGUUACAAGAGGAACGUCUUGCUGGCGCUACUUUGCUCGUUCUAGCCAACAAACAGGAUUUACCUGGAGCUCUUAGUGCAAAUGAUAUUAAAGAUAUACUUGAGCUUGACGACAUAACAACUCAUCAUUGGCUAGUCGUGGGUGUAAGUGCCGUAACUGGUGAAAAAUUGUUGGGAGCUAUGGAUUGGCUUAUAGACGAUAUUGCAAAGCGUAUAUUUACCUUAGAUUAAAACUGUUCUGUUAAUAAGAAACAUUUUAUUUAAGUAUUAUUGGGCAUUUCCAUCCUUACUUAUUUUUCUAAUAAAUAUAAUUUGUAUAGUUCUUCAUCAGCUUUGCUUUGAAAA